ACAUCAGCCAGUCAGAAGCCUUGAAUUCACUUUGAGCUUCCAUGGUGUGUUAUUGGUUAAAAUUGAGUUUUCUUCUUGACCGUUUUGACAUUUCGCGAGUAAAGAGGUUAGGUUUCUUCAUAGUAUUUUUAUUUUGAUUAUUGAGAGAAGAAAGAUAGAAAGCAACUUUUGAUUGAUCAUUGUCUUCAAAAAUAUAUCGCAAAUUUAAGUCGGAAAGUGUGAUCGUUUAUUGAUAUCUAAUUUAAUUCUUCUGUGGUAAAUUAUUAAUGUUUUUACGUGAUGGAAAUUAAUACAAAUCUAUCAUGUCAUAUUUGCCAAAAACACUUCUCUUCUGCAUGGAAUUUUAGAAGACAUUUAAAGGCCCAACAUAGUUAUAAUGAGUGUAUACCGACUGAAGUAAGUUUACAAGUUGUUCCAUUGAAUGAUAAAGAAACUAAUACUCACAACAAUAUCCAAUGUCAUUUAUGUGCAAAAAAAUUUGCCACAGGUUUUAGCCUCAGAAGGCACUUAAAAAGUCAACAUGUAAACAUUGAAGAAGAUAAACCCACCAAAAAGCAAAGCAUUAAAGUUAGUCAUGAAAGUCAAGGUUAGUAACCCUAAUACAGACCAGCAUGGAUCAUGGAAGUUGAAAGUGCUUCCAUAAAACUGGAAAUGAAGAAAAAAAAAAUUGUUCAAACAAAAAUAAGGGGCAUAAAGUAUUAGGAAUUGUCAAAACUUCAGUGAAACAUGUGGAAUUCAUUCCAAAACCAGAUCAAAUUGUUGAAGUUUUAUUACAGAGCAAUAACCAAGGUCGUGAAAGUGGAAACAAAAGUCAAGAAUAUGGCUGCUUACAGGAUAAAACAUCAUCAGCUACACAAAAACAUAUGAAAAAACAUCAGAAAAAACAAAGAAAUAAUGGAAAAAAAAGGUUAAAUCAAUUGAGAUGCUUGGAAGAAAUGUGCCAUUUUAACUGUACUAGAUUAAAAAGCCUUCGUUAUCAUUUAGAGUUGAAACAUAAUAUUUUGCAAGAAGUGGAAGUACUACAGUUUGAAAGCAUUGAAGAAUUUAAAAAAUGGAAAAAUCAGGAGGAAAGCAAAUGUGUGGCAGUAUGGGUAAAAGCAUGUGGUAUUAAAAAAAAUAGACAAGGUGCACCUAUUUAUUACUAUUGUAAUCGAACUGGUAAAAGGAAAGUUUUGGCAGCAGCAAAAAGGAAACGUGCCCUAAAAGGGCAAGGCUCAUGCAAAAUUAAUGCUUCCUGUACUUCAGCCCUGAUAAUUAAGCAUAUUUCUCAAGGUGUAAAAGUAACCUAUUUUAAAAAUCAUUAUGGGCAUGAAAAAAAAAUGGCCUAUAUUUCAUUAUCCAUAAAUGAUAAAAAUAAGAUAGCACAACAAUUGAUACAAGGCAUUCCUUACACACAAAUAUUAAAUAAUAUUCGGGAAAGUGUGGAUGAAACUUUUGAAAGGAUUCACUUGACCACUAAGAAUGACAUCCAUAAUAUUGCCCAAGCUUACAAUUUACAUGAUACAUCCAUAAAGGAUCCCAAUGAUGCCAUAAGCAUUGCCAUGUGGGUUGAUGAAAUGCAAAAAUCAGAAAAAAAUCCUGUAAUUUUAUAUAAGAAGCAAGGAGAAUUGGACUCAGGAUUGUCUUUAAAAAAAGAGGAUUUUUUGUUGGGAAUCAUGACAAGAUGCCAAGGUCAGAUGCUACAAAAAUUUGGGUCUGGAGGCAUUAUUUGUAUGGAUGCAACGCAUGGAACUAAUCCUUAUGAUUUUAAUUUAAUUACUGUUUUGGUGGUCGAUGAUUAUGGUGAAGGCUUUCCUGUUGGAUUUUUGUUUGCUAAUAGGGAGGAUUAUGUAGUAUUAAAAUAUUUUAUUUUGGCUUUAAAAAGUAGCAUAGGAAAUAUAAGAGCAACUACAUUUAUGAGUGACGAUGCCGACCAAUAUUUUGCUGCAUGGAGUUCUGUAAUGGAUGUUUCUGAUACCAAAAAGCUUUUAUGCAUAUGGCAUAUCGACAGAGCUUGGCGUUCCAAAAUAUCAUUAAUUAAAGAUAAAUCAAAACAAAUUGAGUCUCAUUCUGAUUGUUAUUUUAAGGUUUAUAAGAUGUUGUGUUUCCUUCGGCAAGAACCAAAUGCAAAUAAUUUUAAAGCAUCAUUAGGAAGCUUUAUUGAAAUGUUACAAAUGGAUCAAGAUCUAAAAGUUUUUGGUGAAUACUUCCUGGUCAAUUAUGCAAGAAGAUCCUCAACAUGGGCUAUGUGUUUCCGAGCUGGCUUAUCUAUUAACACGAAUAUGUAUUUGGAAUCCAUGCACAAAGUGCUGAAAUACAUAUAUCUAAAAGGGACAACUUGCAGGAGAUUGGACAAAACUGUGCAUGUACUAUUAAAGUAUAUCAGAGACAAGCAAUUCGGUAGGAUUAUAAAGCUGGAAAAAGGAAAAAUAACACACAAAAUCAGCAAAAUUAACAAAAGUCAUAUUGCAGCAGUAAAAGCAGAUAAUAUACAUAUAAUAAGUGUUGAAGAUGGUUGGAAAAUUCAAUCUGGGAAUAAUUUCUAUCUUGUGAAAUUAAAUGAAUUAGGUGAUAAUCAGUGCAAUUUAAAAUGUUCUUCAUGUAUGUCAUGUGUUCAUUCUUACACCUGUAACUGUAUGGAUUACGUAAUACACAACAACAUGUGCAAACAUAUACAUAAAUUGUGCAUGAGCGAAACUUGUAAUAAUAGCCCAAUGAAGAUAACUCAUCAUGAUAAUACAACAAACAAUAAUGAUGAACUGCAAAGCCACCUUCUUAGUUUAAAACAAUGUAAUAGUUCUGAAACCAUCAAGAAAAUAAGGGAAGAUAUCAGUUUUAUGUCUACUUUUGACUGGCCAUCAGUUGAUGAUGCUGCGUUAAGAAAAAUUAGUGGCCUCCUAACAUCAGUUAAGCAUAAUAUGAUAAAUAGUCAAGAAUCAUCAGCUCUAAUAACAGAAUCUAGUAAACACAAAGUUUGUCCUGCUAACAAGAAAAUCACUACACAACCUCGGUUCUUUUCUACAAAACUAAAGAAAAAGCCGAUGGCUCCCAAACUGGCAAAGCCUUCACAAGAAGAAAUUACAGAAAUAUGCUCAAGAUUCAAAGAGUUGCAAGAGAAUAAAUGAUUUACUACACACACACUUUAUGUAACUUUUUGAUUAAAUUAAAUCUGACAAAAUUGCA